UCAGGAUUCUGUGGUUGCUAUGGAUCGCAUAUAUAAAUCCAACCAUCUAAUCAUCGUCAUCAUUUCACUCCUGUACUCAGAGAGAUACUGGCACAGAGCGAACUGAACUUUUUGGAAAGUGACUUUGCAAGCGAGGAUCUACAACAACCACCAAGAAAAAGACUAAGAACCCGAGAGGACUGACCCCACCAACGCCUCACCAUGGGAAAGAAAAAGAACAAGAGGAAGAGGGAGGAGAAGGAGAGCGACCCUGGAUGCUUUCAGGAGCCUCUGUCAAAGACUUCCCGCAGCAGCGCUGCUCAGCAGGAGAGGAGCUCCAGCCCCCAGCCCUCCACCUCUGGUUCACAGUGGUUCCCUGUCGAGCCAGAGAGGAGCUCCAGCCCCCUGCCAUCCACCUCUGGUUCACAGGUGUUCCCUGUCGAGCCAGAGAGGAGCCUCAGCCCUCUGCCAUCCACCUCUGGUUCACAGCAGGAGCAGAACUUUGCUUGGCCAGAGAGGAGCCCCAGCCCCCAGCCGUCCACCUCUGGUUCACAGCAGGAGCUGAACGUUGUCCGGCCAGAGAGGAGCCCCAGCCCCCAGCCGUCCACCUCUGGCCAACAACGUAGAGAGCAGGAGGAUGCAGAGGAGGAGGAUGAGGAGGGGAUGAGGAGGAGACGGAGGAAUGAGCGAAUACAAGCAGUCAUGAACUCCACUGCGAGAUUAGUGUUCAUCUUCCGGCUGGCUGUGAUGCUCAAACCUUCUUUUGGGCUCACUGAUUCGCCGUACAGGCCGGAGCUGUGAGCUCCCUCUUAGGUAAGGGGCCAUCAGGUAAAGUAUACUUAGUGGCAAUUCCACCGCCACACACACAUUUUUUAGUCUUUGUAUUCCACUGUUUUUUAAUCCUUUUGAAAAAAAGCAAAAAAAAAAUCUUUAGAACAUAAGUAAUUAUUAGUUGUAUAUAUACGUAAGUAGUGAUAAGUUUAAGAUAUAGUUGUGAUAAGUUAAGACAUAGGUGUGUAAGUUUUGAUAAGUUUAGUGUUUAAGUUAGGAUGUAGAUAUAGUAUAAGUCAGAAAGUGUGGAAGAUUACCAACUUUAUUUUUCCUCCACACUUUCUCUUUAGAGUUAAAAACUGUUUUAAGAAUUGUAAAGAAGGAAAAGCUUUAAGAGGGUCUUCAGGAAAUGUUCCAUUCAAAUCCAUUUCUAAAGCUGUGUUUUAGUUUCCAUAAUGAUUCAAGAACACAAGACAAAAUAUACUUCCAUAAUCAUAAUUUAUAAUGUCUAUCUGUUUACAUGUCAGUUCACAAACUGAUGAGAAAUUUAAACAAAUUGUAAGAAUUGAUAAAGCAGUUUUAUAUUGUUAUUAUUGGUUUAUUAUAUUAUAUGGAACAUUUCCUGAGGGUUAGGGUUAGGGUGGGUUGACCCUCUUAAAGCUUUUUCUUCUCUUACUCCUAUUGCUCUUAAUUAUUGUUUGAUUUUAUUCUAAGUUUCCUUCAAAAAAAAACAAAAA